UAUCAGCAGCUAAAUGAGAGAGAGAGAGAGAGAGAGAGAGAGAGAGAGAGCAAACAACAGGCAGUUAGUUGGUGGUGCUUCUCUGAAGCUCUCUUUUUGUCCUCUGAUCAUGCCUUCUGUUCUGCUUUAAUAGAUGAGGCUGUUUUUUGACCAUCUUAACAGGAAAAGAUGGCCCACCAGCAAUCAGACAAUCUCCACCAUCUGUCACGAGCCUCUUUAUAAUGUAAAUCAUUGUAAAUACUUCAAGCAUUGCAAAUUUCCAUUCAUAUCAGAUCCUUUCCCACUCGUCUUCAAUAAAAAAUGCUGCUGAAUUGCGAUCCUAACGACCGAGACGGAACUAUGAAGCUGAUCGAUGAUCUUACUUCAAACGCAAACCAAGUCCAAGAACAGGUUUUGGAGGAAAUCUUAACAAGAAAUGCCGACACUGACUAUCUUCACACCUUCCUUGGGAGUUGCACAGCUAAGGAUCUCUUCAAAUUGAAAGUACCCAUUGUGAAUUAUGAAGACAUCAAGCCUUACAUCGAGCAAAUAGCCAACGGCGGACCAUCUAGGAUCAUUUCGGCCGAACCCAUUUCAGAACUCCUCACAAGCUCCGGGACGUCAGGUGGGCAACCGAAGAUGAUGCCAUCAACUGCAGAGGAUUUGAAUCGAAAGACUUUCUUAUAUGAUCUUUUAGUACCUGUGAUGAACCGAUAUGUCGAUGGCCUGGAUCAAGGGAAAGGAAUGUAUCUCCUAUUUAUUAAGCCAGAAAUCAGCACUCCUUCUGGCCUAAUGGCGCGGCCCGUCCUAACGAGCUACUACAAGAGCAGCAACUUCCGAAACCGUCCAUUCAACAAGUUCAACAUCUACACUAGCCCCAACGAGACUAUCCUGUGCUCAGACAGCAAGCAAAGCAUGUAUUGCCAAUUGCUGUGUGGAUUAAUCCAGCGAGACGAAGUCCUCCGUGUGGGUGCCGUUUUCGCGUCCGCCUUUCUUCGGGCAAUCAAGUUCUUGGAGGAUCACUGGAAAGAGCUCUGCUCUAACAUAAGAGAGGGCCAUGUCAGUGAUUGGAUUACAGACCCAAGUUGCCGGACGGCCGUUGCUGACAUCCUCAAACAGCCUAAUCCUAAGUUGGCAGAUGCAAUCGAGUAUGAAUGCAGUAAAAGAUCGUGGGAAGGGAUCAUCAAGAGGCUGUGGCGCAGAACAAAGUACGUCGAGGUUAUAGUCACAGGGUCCAUGGCCCAGUACAUCCCCACCCUUGAUUUCUAUGGUGGGGGACUGCCACUUGUGUCCACCAUGUAUGCAUCAUCGGAGUGUUAUUUUGGGAUCAAUCUCAAGCCGUUGAGCAAACCGUCCGAAGUAUGUUACACACUGCUCCCGAACAUGGCAUACUUUGAAUUCCUCCCUGUCGAGAAAAACCAACAUAGCUUAUGCAAUGGCGUCUCGGAUUCCAGUGGAUUGAAACCAGACCAUCCAAAGCAUAAGCCACAACAAUGGGAGGAAGUGGUGGACCUGGUCGAUGUGAAGAUCGGUCACUAUUACGAGCUCAUCGUCACAACUUUCACAGGCCUCUACAGAUACAGAGUUGGGGACAUUCUCAUGGUGACUGGCUUCCACAACAAGGCGCCGCAAUUCAAGUUCAUGCACCGCCGCAACGUCAUCCUAAGCAUCGACGCUGAUAAGACCAACGAAGAGGAUCUCCUAGGUGCUGUCACGAAAGCAAAAACCCUCUUGGAGCCGCUCGAUUGCCUGAUGACUGAGUACACAAGCUAUGCAGACGCUUCAUCGAUACCGGGCCAUUACGUGCUGUUCUGGGAGCUGAAGAUGCGUGGGGGGAGUGAUCUAUCAGAGCUUGAUUCUACGAUAAUGGAAAAAUGUUGCGAAACGAUAGAAGAAUCGUUAGACUCAGUUUACAGGAGAUUAAGGACCCAUGAUCAUUCGAUCGGGCCGUUGGAGAUUCGGGUCGUUAAACAUGGAACGUUUGAUGCAUUGAUGGAUUAUUGUGUGUCCCAGGGAUCGUCUGUUAAUCAGUAUAAGACGCCGAGGUGCAUCAAAUCAAAGGGGGCAUUGGAGAUUUUGGAAAUGAGAGUGGUGAGGAGGUUUUUUAGUAGGAAGGCACCAGUGUGGGACCCUUAUAUGAUAGAUGGUUGUUAGAUGUACGUGCAUGGAUGGAUGGAUGGAUGGUUUUGCAUGGUUUGUUUAUUUUUGAAGGAUUUUUACGUAUGGGCUUGUUGGGGGGUGGGGUGUUUGGAUUUUCAAAUUUUAAAAGCUCUCUCUCUCUCUCUCUCUCUCUCUCUCUCUCUCUCUGUUUUGGUUAUGUACCCUGAAUUCUGAUGAAUAUGAAAGAUUUUGUUUCUUUC